AUGGCAGGACAAUACUGGAGAUUCGCAGGACUUUCAUACCUUGAGUACAUUAACAUCUCGGGCUCACACCUCCGCAACUGCUUGAAGGAGCCAUUCAGAACCUCUGCCAAGACCAGAGAGGCUAUGCAAUCAACUUUCACCACCUACCACAACGGAAAGGAGGCCAACACCAUCAACCUUCAGAUGCCAGACCUUGUUGCCAACCAGAAGAAGUAA